AUGUCUAGACCGGCACCCGGACUAGACCGGCACCCGGACCCAAUAGAACGGGAAGAAGUUCGGGAGGAAGCGAGGGAGUUAAUAACUGGCCACUGGGCCGAGGAUCUUGCCUCGGCAACGUUUGGUCGCCGAACGUUGGAUGCCAUUGGGCCUGUCCUGAACGGCUCGCUCGAUCGGCGGCAUGGGUGCCUCUCGAUGCGUCUAGUGCAGGUGCUGUCCGGGCAUGGCUGCUUCGGAUCGUACCUGUACCGGAUUGGGAGGGAGGAGACUCCACAGUGCCAUCACUGCGAAGCCGAGGUGGAUUCGACAGAGCACACACUCGAGGUGUGCCCAUCGUGGACUGAACCCCGCCGCACCCUGGUGGCAGUAGUCGGGGAUGACCUCUCACUUCCCAGCGUGAUUUCUGCCAUGCUGCGAAGUGAGGAGGCAUGGGAAGCGGUGGCCUCCUUCUGUGAGGACGUCAUGUCACAGAAGGAGUCAGCGGAGCGCGUGCGGGAGAGCGACCCUCUCGCGGCGCCGCACCGCAGACGAAGAAGGGGUGGAAGACGGCGAACACAACGCCCGUCCCCAUCCGCCCUGGGGGGUGAUCAGCGGGCGACAGGCGCGGGGGUGCCACCGCCUGCAUUACAAGGAUCUCCCCUUGUGCUCCGGCCAUCAUAG